AUAAGAUGCUCUCCGGAUAUGGUGCAAUUACUCUCAAUCAUAGUAGUAAGACGUAAAUAUUUGUAAAAAUUUUCUCCACAAGGAAAUCAGCAUUUCUAAAAAUGGCGACCAUAAAUUACAUUUGAUACGAUAUUCAGUCAUAUUAUUUUGCUUCGAAAAUAAACCGUAGAUAAGAGUAUAUUGACGAUUUGUUUAGUUGGAAAACAGUGGGAGAGUGCAUUAUUACCGCACAUUACUCUGCUACCAAUUCGAGGAAAGCAGUAUCGAUUUUCCAAACGAAAAUCUUGUUUCUGACGUGUGUGAAGUGUGAAGUGAAAGUUUUCCAAACAAGUAAAAACGGUUGCGUUUUGAAUCGAGAUACAAGAUGGGGAUGAUUCCUGCCGAACGUUCGAACAUCGAUCAAUACUUAUUUAUCGGCUACAGUUGCCUGCUAGUGGUGACAGGUCUGAUAAAUAUAAUCACUGGGUUCUCCUCCGGCUGCAUCUACGCCUCUUUCGAACUCUUCGUUACGUCGAAUUUGUUAACAAUGUCUCAGAUACUUGUGAUCACUGGAUGUUUAAUACUAGUAGCAACCCUUCUUUGCUAUUGCGCAGCAUACAAGAAGAACAUAUGGUUGCAUGUAUUCAUUUCUUACCUACUAGGAAUUACUCUAACCCUGGAAAUAACUGGAAGUAUUAGCGGAUACCUGUUCAAUAGAUUUACGGACGAGAUAGUUCACAGGAAAAUGAAUAGUUCUAUGGAAUAUUACAAUUCAACUAAUACAGAAAUAGCCGAACUUUGGGACCAAAUUCAAACAGAUAAUAAAUGUUGUGGCACGGACCAUGUUUCGAAUUGGCUAGAUAUGUUUCAUGGCAUACCAGUAAGCUGCUGCCCAGUGUAUUCUGGAACUACAAAUAGCACAACAUGUGAUGAAUCUAAGGUUUACUCAACUGGGUGUGCCAUUCCAGUUGCCAGUAUAAUAAAAGAACAAACAAUAAUGACGACAAAAAUGGGAAUUCUCUCGGCAGUUUUACAGUUCACUGGCCUCUCCUGUGCAUUCUUCGCCCAUUAUCUGCUGCAGCUUCAGGAAGAAAGAAAUCGAGAUAAAAACAAGCUUAUAAACAAGGAGAAAUGCGAUGUAUUUUCUAUAUAACAAUUUUUCAAUAAACCUCUUAAAUUCAA